CCCACGGUCGCCACUGCCCCACCUGGGCUGCUGGAGCUUCCGCUAGGACCCCUGGUGCCCAGUGUCCACCCUCAUCCAGCGUGAGAGCUCGCCUUCCGCUCCGCGGACGCCGCGGGCAUGGACUAUUCGUAUGACGAGGACCUGGACGAGCUGUGCCCCGUCUGUGGGGACAAGGUGUCUGGCUACCACUACGGGCUGCUCACAUGCGAGAGUUGCAAGGGCUUCUUCAAGCGCACGGUGCAGAACAACAAGCACUACACGUGCACCGAGAGCCAGAGCUGCAAGAUCGACAAGACACAGCGUAAGCGCUGUCCCUUCUGCCGCUUCCAGAAGUGCCUGACAGUGGGGAUGCGCCUGGAAGCCGUGCGCGCUGACCGCAUGCGGGGUGGCCGGAACAAGUUUGGGCCCAUGUACAAGCGGGACCGGGCCCUGAAGCAACAGAAGAAGGCACAGAUUCGAGCCAAUGGCUUCAAGCUGGAGACAGGCCCCCCAAUGGGGGUGCCCCCGCCGCCCCCUCCCCCGCCGGACUACAUGCUGCCCCCUGGCCUGCAUGCACCUGAGCCCAAGGGCCUGGCCUCUGGUCCACCUGCUGGGCCACUGGGCGACUUUGGGGCCCCAGCGCUGCCUAUGGCUGUGCCCGGCGCCCACGGGCCACUGGCUGGCUACCUCUAUCCUGCCUUCCCUGGCCGCGCCAUCAAGUCUGAGUACCCGGAGCCCUACGGCAGCCCCCCACAGCCCGGGCUGCACUACGGCUACCCAGAGCCCUUCUCCGGAGGGCCUGGUGUGCCCGAGCUCAUCCUGCAGCUGCUGCAGCUGGAGCCAGACGAGGACCAGGUACGGGCGCGCAUCGUGGGCUGCCUGCAGGAACCGGCCAAAGGCCGCCCCGACCAGCCUGCACCCUUCAGCCUCCUGUGCAGGAUGGCUGACCAGACCUUCAUCUCCAUCGUGGACUGGGCACGCAGGUGCAUGGUCUUCAAGGAGCUGGAGGUGGCCGACCAGAUGACACUACUGCAGAACUGCUGGAGUGAGCUGCUGGUGUUCGACCACAUCUACCGUCAGAUCCAACAUGGCAAGGAGGGCAGCAUCCUGCUGGUCACUGGGCAGGAGGUGGAGCUGACCAUGGUGGCCACCCAGGCAGGCUCUCUGCUUCACAGCCUGGUGCUUCGGGCGCAGGAGCUUGUGCUGCAGCUGCACGCGCUGCAGCUGGACCGCCAGGAGUUCGUCUGCCUCAAGUUCCUCAUCCUCUUCAGCCUCGAUGUGAAGUUCCUGAAUAACCACAGCCUGGUGAAGGAUGCUCAGGAGAAGGCCAAUGCCGCCCUGCUCGAUUACACCCUGUGCCACUACCCGCACUGCGGAGACAAGUUCCAGCAGCUGCUGCUGUGCCUGGUGGAGGUGCGGGCGCUGAGCAUGCAGGCCAAGGAAUACCUGUACCACAAGCACCUGGGCAACGAGAUGCCCCGAAACAACCUGCUCAUCGAGAUGCUGCAGGCCAAGCAGACCUGAGCUUGGGCCAGUGACGGGGGGGAAGGGGGGGCCGGGGCCGGGGGAGGGGCCGCAGCACCCCUGUGGUCUCCAGAUGGUUUAUUUGAUUAUGCUGACCCAGGACCCCACCAUGUAGGCCCCUGCCCCUGAGCUCUCUGAAGCCCUGCGUUUGGGAAGGUGGGUGAAGGUGGGCAGGGCCUGGCUGAGGUGGGGUGGUCUCCACUAACCACUGGCACUUGCCUGCCACCCGGAGUGCCCCAGGGAGGUGGCUGCUAACCACUCCCUCCCUCCCCCUGCUCCCAGCUAUCCGUCCUGGAGUCUGGUGCACAGGCCCAGGGAGGAGGUUCGGCUUCCCUGGUGGGCCUCAAUGUCCCUUGAGUCAGAGGUCAUCCCUUCCCCCUCUCCUGGAAACAGAGGCAGAGAGAAGUUGAGCGGACACAUCAACUCGGGCUGGGGGGCGGGGAGGGGGGCGGGGAGAGGAGGGUCUCCAGGACUCCCUCCCAGAGACCAGGAGGGAAGCCCUCUGUUUUGUAAACUAGGGAUAACAGAGUUUGCAAAAUUAGGCAAGGGACUGGUGGGCCCUAGAGGACACUGGGAGACUGGUUAGGACCCAAAGACCUCCUCCCUAAACCUUCUAUCCCAUCUGAUGUCUGCAGGGGAGAAUUUUGACAUGUUAUCUGCAAAGAAUUUUGCUGCAAUCAUCUUUCUAACCCUCUCCCGGC